AUGUAUCCUCUCGCUACUUUUACUUCUCUCAUUGCCAUCGCUGGCGCCGUCAAUGCUACACUUGAGCCUGCGAAGAGUAACACCAAGGACCAAUAUCCUAAGAGCCCAUCAUGCUCUCCUUCCAAGACAUCCAACGCUAUUCAGGCCGCUGAGUGCGCAUACAACACCCGCGUGUCAGGCAAGCAGACCUUUGCCAUUUUCAAGGUUGAUCAUCAGUACGACAAGAACAACGGUGCUCCUUAUGGUACUUGUGAGGCUUAUGAGUGCGACGCUCCUACUUCUGGCGACAUGACUGCCGAUCAAGACUACUGGACUUUCUUCUGGAAGUAA